AUGUCUGAUUUUGAAGUUCAAAUCCCUAGUGCCUUCGAUCCUUUUGCCGAUGCAAAAGCUGAAGACUCGGGUGCAGGGUCUAAAGAGUAUGUGCAUAUUCGCAUACAACAAAGAAAUGGUAGGAAAAGCUUGACGACUGUGCAGGGUUUGAAGAAGGAAUUUAGCUACAAUAAAAUCCUCAAGGACCUGAAGAAGGAAUUUUGCUGCAAUGGCACUGUUGUUCAGGACCCUGAACUAGGCCAGGUUAUUCAACUCCAAGGUGACCAGAGAAAGAAUGUAUCAACAUUCCUGGUUCAGGCUGGCAUCGUGAAGAAAGAACACAUCAAGAUUCAUGGUUUCUAA